UUGAACCCUAAAGAGUUUUCACCCAGCAAACAUGUCUUCGUUCUCAAUUGGAGUGAUCUUCCUCGCCCUCCUCUCCUUUGUUCCGUCCCUCUGCUACGGCCAGAACAACCCCUCGAAAAUGCACCCGGAAAUCACCUAUCAUGGCGGCCCUAUCCUCAACGGGACCCUAAACUUCGCCCUCAUUUGGUACGGCAAGUGUAGCGUCCUCAAGAGAACCACCAUGGUCAACUUCUUGACGUCCUUGAACAAAGAAGGCGAUCCCGAUCUCAAUCCUAAGGUCACGCGGUGGUGGCAGACGAUCGAGAGCUACCAAACUGCGGUGCCGGGAGGAGGAGAAGCCAAAGCACAUCACUCGAACAUGAAAAUAAUUGUGAAUGUGACGAAACAGAUAGAUGAUACUUCGUAUAAAUAUGGGAGGAAUUUGACCAUUGCGGGUUCUAUUCCGAAAAUUGUACAUGAACACAUACAUGAUCAACCUGACCUCAUCCCCAUUAUAAUUACUGCAAAGGAUGUAGUUAUGGAAGGACUCUGCUCUGGAAAAUGUGCCGAUCACGGACUUAUAGAUAACAACAAACCAUACAUUAUACUCGGGAAUCCGGAAAUCGAGUGCCCCGGAAAAUGCGAAUGGCCUUUCAAUGAUGUCGACAACGGUCCGAAGUCGAUUAUCUUUCUCCGACCGCCGAACCAGAAUAAGGCAGCCGAUGCGAUGGUGAUCGCCUUGGCGACGACUUUGGCCGACAUGGUCACUAACCCUCUAAACACAGGCUUCUACGGCGGAUCCGAAAAAGCUCCGCUCGGUGCCGGAUCGGUCUGCAAGGCGAUCUUCGGUAGCGGCGCCUUCCCGGGGAACCCGGGCAAGGUCCGUAUUGACCCUGGCACCAGUGGAAGCUUCAAUGCUCAUGGGUACCAGGGCGAUAGGUUUCUUCUUCCUGCUGUAUGGAACCCUACAACUUCUUCAUGUUGGACUCUCAUGUAACAGGCUUGGAGUAAAAUGAGAAGGUCGGGUGACGAUUGAAAAAAAUGUGGUGUAUAUGUGUUUAAAAAUUUAAUUCGAAUAAUUUAAAUAGGUUGCAUGUCAUAUAAAAAUGAAA